AUGGAUCAGGUAGAAAUAGAUAUCGAAGACGAAGAAGACUACUUUCAAGAGGAUGAUGUCUUAAUUCAUCAUCCAUCAUCUAACCAAAAUAGCCAAAGUAGAAUGAGAAUCAAGAGAAACAGCCCAUCGGAAAGAUUAAAUCAUCAACAGUACGAUAGUUAUGGUACCAAUAGUUUAUCCUCUCAGUCUUUGUAUGCCAAUUUCUUACCAACGAUAAAACAACAUGAAAGUGAUGGAAUUACAUACUGUCGAAUGUGCCUAGAAGGAAAUCUUGAAUUGGAAUAUCAACAAGAAAAGGAUUUUAGUCACUGCUUAUAUCAUGCUCAAUGUGGCGAUAGGGCAUCACAACUUCAAGUAGCUCGUUAUUUUUUAGAUGGCCAACUAGUUGAACAAAAUUUAAAAUUAGCCAUUACAUGGCUAAUGCAAGCAUCCAAAGCUCAAUAUGAUCCGGCCACUCAGUUACUAAAGCAAUGUUAUGAAAAUCAAAUUGGCAUCGAUGAUAGUAAUGUAAAAGAGGUCUUAUGGUGUAUUAACACUAGCAAUCGCUUAAAAGAUCUUGCUAAAAGGGAAGAAGUAUUCCUAAAACGGAUAACAGGUAGCAGUGAUAAUCAAUCAAAAUCUGCAGUGACUGAAAAUAAAAUUCAAGACGGAAGCGAUCAAUCUAAUGGCAAAGAAAGACGUAGUGGAUUAUCUCUAUUGCAAAUUGCUCAACAAUUUCGUAGUGAGCAACCCGUAAAGCAUGAUCAAAUUCAGAAUCACUUAACUAAACAACAGGAAAAAUAUCAAUUAGAUAAUAAAACUAUUAUUGACAAAUUGACGAAGGAAAAUCAUCACAAGCAACAACAGAAAGAAUCGAAUCACCGCCUAAUUGAUACAACUGAAAUAAUGAAUACAGAAGAAGAUAUACUAGUAGAAACAAUAUCUCAACAGAAUCACUCCAACAAUAACCGUGCAGGUUUACGAUUAAGAUCGAAAGAAAUUAAUUUACUGGAUCAAUAUGAUCAAGAUAAUAAUGGUCAUCAAAGACAGGGAGAUUUAAUCAAGCAAAAAUCUACCAUUAAAAGUGAAUAA